UCCAACCAAAUAUUUACCCAACUGAAACUGAUGAACUGAUAAGAUGAUAAAUUACAACUUAGGUAUCACCCAGGGACGUCACAAUUUUACCAAUAUUUCACGGUGUUCUCCAUUAGAGAAAAUCGACGUGAUAAGGCGUGGUCAAACCACCCUCUCCAUCUGUACGGGGCGUCGCGACGGCGCUUAGCACCCCCUCUUGCCAAACCAACUCCUGGUUCGAUAAAAACUCUCUUGAGGGUAGUUUCAUUAUUUAAUUGUUCGGGCAAUAAGCAGCACGUGCGGGCCACCGAAAAGAUCACGUGGCUGCACGUUUUUUCAAUUAACACUCGAUCAUCCUUAGUAUGUAACAAGUGUUCACACGUGCCGAUAAAGAAACACCGUGUAAUCCACCUUUCAGCCGCCCUCCUGGUAUUUCAUAAAGCGUGUUAGCCGAUUUUGAUUUUGCGUGAACUCGUGUACACCAGGACUCAUCACUAUGUUCAAUAUAGACGAUCUUGACAGACAGUUUUUCUUUGAUUCUAGUCAUUUCCUUCACAAUAAUAUCAGCAGCAGUGGAAGCACUACCGGUUCUUCGAAUAGUAGUGAUUUGUUUCUGUACGAUGAGAACAGUAGUGAUUCUGCAUUAUCGACAUGUUCAUUCAAUAGCGACCAAGAGAACAGUUCUGGCUCUAACAAAGAUGAAACGACAUACCGGCACAGAAGAAGAAACAAAUGCCCCCAACAGCAGAUUCAACAGAGACAGGCGGCGAAUCUAAGGGAAAGAAAAAGGAUGCAAUCUAUAAACGACGCCUUCGAAGGAUUGAGAUCACAUAUUCCAACACUACCUUAUGAAAAAAGACUUUCAAAAGUUGACACUUUAAAGCUCGCUAUCGGUUAUAUAAAUUUUCUUAGUGAAUUAGUGAGGACUGAUCGUAACGCGAAUACAGAGUGCUUCAACGGACAUAACAGGAAUUUACAGAAGGAUGAACCUAGGAAAGUUAUUUUGAGAGGUGCUGGAAAUUCCUACACAAUACAUUCGUUAUCAUGGUCGAGAGCCAAAGAACCAGGUGCAAAUGGAGUGAUGCAUGCAAAGGUUUGGGUUCCUGAAGAUCCACGAGCUAUCAAGGAAGGCAAUAGCACAUCAUUCGAGAUAUCAAAUAACUGAUUGACAGCCUUUAGAAUCUAAUAUCUUUAUCGGAAAUGUCAAAUAAUUUCAAGGAAAUAUUGCUGAUAGAAUUUAUGUGGCUGUGAGGAUUGAAAUCCCCAGAUGAACUAUCAUGAGAAUAACGAGCACGAUAUAUUUGCAAAAAAAAUUUCAAGCUCGAGUUUCCUUGGACUCAACUGGAAGCAAAACCUAAUUAAAAAUCCGCCACCAAGAUUGUUUCAAAAU